AUGACUUUACAGAACUUAGCAGAUAUAUCUGAUAAAUUGGUAAUUAAAUCACAAGAGACUAUUUUACAACUGGAUCUUUGGAUGAAACAACAAAAACGUCAGGAAGAGGUAAUUGGGAAUUUAGUUAACAAUGAUAAUCUUUCCUUUGAUGAUGAAUAUACGUUAUUUAUUGCACAACUGAAUUCGUUAUAUAUCAGAUCAAAAUAUGUUAGAGAUAAAUUGAAUCAGCAAUUAAAAAAUUUUAAUAAUAAAGGAUCUUCUUCUUCUUCCUCGAUGAUUGAAAACCCAGAUGAUUAUGUUAAGCAUUUGGUAUUUGAAUAUAAAGAUAUUACAGAUAAAUUAAAUAAAUUAUCUCAACGACAAAGGACAUUCAUAAAUAACAAUAACAACACAGAUUCAUCUCCAAGUUCUCAAACUACAGAUCGUUCGAACGAUUCAUUCCAACCAAAACCUUUAAAAAUUUAUUCAAGACAAAGAGAUAGUUUAUUAUUAGGAAUAGAUCAAUCAGUAACAUUAUCAUUAUCUCCAAAUGAAGGGAAAAUAUUAGAUCAAUUAGUAAUACCAAAGAAUACUUUUAGAAGUUUAUCGUGUCAUAAUUCUUUACCAAAUUCUCCAAUUAAACAAAGAAAUAUUCAAUCGAUUAUUGAUACCACUAAUGAUAGUAAACCAUUUCAAUUUUUAAAAGAACAAACUUUAAGAUCAACAAAAUCUUAUACCGAUGGUUUAAAUAUUACAAAAUCGCAAAAGAAGAAAAAUUUAAAACAAAUUGAUGAUGAAUAUCAAAGAUUAUUUAAACAGAAAAAUAGACUCUCUUUAUCAUUAGUAGGUGAUGAGGAAGAAUAUACAAGAACUAAUGAAAGUCAAGAUAUAUAUAGAGAUUUCGAUAAUGAUGGAUAUAAUGAUUAUGUUAAUUAUGAUUCCGACCAAAAUACAAUUAUGCAAUGUAAUAGUCCUCUCAUUGAUAUGAACUCAAAACAACAACAACAAUUAGAACCCCUAAGACGUUAUAAUUCUCAUGAAAGUAUACUAUCAACAAGGAACUCAAUGUUAUUAGAGAAAAAAUCAAAACCUUUAACAUUUUCAAUGUUUUCUACAAAUUUUAAUACUCCAACUACCGCUAUUUCUGGAAGUGUUCAAAUUAAUUCUAACCCUAUCUUUGCCAAGACCUCCAUUGGUACAAGCGCUACUAUACAUUCGGAACCUGUCACCCAAAGGAUACGAUCAACAGAUUUAUUACACUCUGUUAUGAAGGAUAUGAAUACCCGAAGAGGAUCUCCGAUCAAUGAUAGACCUCAGAAGCCAACUAAAACAUCGUUUUUCGAUAAUUGGAACGUUUUCAAUAAGUACUCUAUGUCUUUAACAUCCGAAGUAGGGAAUGAUGAUCUUAAUAAGAUUAUUCCUUCAAAUAUCUCUAGAAAGAACAACAUCCAAACAUUUAGAAAACAAGUAUCAAAUGAUACUAUUGUAAUAUCAACUGUCAUUUCGACAAAGCCGCAUUUAAGGCAACUGAAUCGCAAAAAUCCAUUUAGUAACGGCACAUAUUGUAAUCAUAAUCAAAGGAAACCUAAAGAUUCUACCCAGUUUUUAUCUACGAACUCCUGUACUAAUACUUCGGAAAAUCAUAAAAGUGUUAAAUUUUCAGAUUUACAUGAAGCUUUAGAUACAGAAUUGGUUUUGUAA